GGGGGUGGGCGCGGGGGGCUCCGGCCCGGGCCGGCCCUGCGGGCUGCCCAUGAGCGCAAACACGAUGAUCUUCAUGAUUCUGGGGGCGUCGGUAGUGAUGGCCAUCGCCUGCUUGAUGGACAUGAACGCGCUGCUGGACAGAUUCCACAAUUACAUCCUCCCGCACCUGCGGGGCGAGGAUCGCGUCUGUCACUGCAACUGUGGGAGGCAUCACAUCCACUACGUGAUCCCCUACGACGGUGACCAGUCUGUGGUGGACUCCUCGGAGAACUACUUUGUGACAGACAACGUGACCAAGCAGGAGAUCGACCUGAUGCUGGGGCUGCUGCUGGGGUUCUGUAUCAGCUGGUUCCUGGUGUGGAUGGAUGGGGUCCUGCACUGCGCCGUGCGGGCCUGGAGGGCCAGUCGCCGCUUUGAUAAUUCAUGGUCCUGGCUCCCCAAAUUCUGUAGCCUGAAGGACUUCCGGAAACGACCCCACCGGCCAUAUGAGGAGCCCACAGGAAACAUGGUGCACAUCAAACAGAAGCUUUACCACAAUGGCCAUCCUAGCCCCCGGCACCUCUGAGCCCCAGCCCUGGCUUGGCUAAGCCCAUGGAGGGACUUGGGACACAUGGACAGAGCAUUGGACCACAGGGUGGACAUUGCCUGGUGUCUAUGGCUAUAUUUCCUGGGGGCCUGGGGCCAAGCCCUAUGGACCUA